AUGGGUUCCAUCGCCACCUAUCUGCCAACAGUGUGAACAGCGCCUUGGCUGCUGCUCCCCUGGAAAAUGGCGACAGGAGUCCUUCAGAGAAUGAGAGCCGGCUUGGCUCGGGCUCAAAGCGGGGCCCGUUCAAACGGGCAUCUUCUCGUUUGGAGCAGGGGCUUCUCCGUAUCCAACGUCACUAGAGAAGACAGCUGGUUCAAAUCACUUUUUGUCAGGAAAGUUGAUCCGAGGAAAGAUGCACACUCAGCUCUACUGACCAAAAACGAGGAAAGUAACCUCUACAAAAUCCAGUUCCACAAUGUCAAGCCAGAGUGUCUUGAAGCAUACAACAAACUCUGCGAGGAUGUCUUGCCCUCGAUCCAUGCUGAUAAGUACUACCCCUGUGAGCUGGUGGGCACCUGGAAUACUUGGUAUGGAGAACAGGACCAGGCUGUUCACCUGUGGCGUUAUAGAGGUGGUUACCCAGCUCUGACAGAGGUGAUGAACAAGCUACGUCAGAACAAGGAGUUCACAGAGUACAGGAAGGCGCGUGGUAAGAUGCUGCUGUCUCGCAGAAAUCAGCUUUUACUGGAGUUCAGUUUCUGGAAUGAGCCAGUACCUAGAGAGGGGCCCAACGUAUACGAGCUUAGAACCUACCAACUCAGGCCAGGAACAAUGAUCGAGUGGGGUAAUUACUGGGCCAGAGCUAUUCGGAUACGCCAGCAAAACAGUGAAGCCGUAGGAGGGUUUUUCUCACAGAUCGGCAACCUCUACAUGGUUCAUCACCUCUGGGCCUACAAAGACCUUCAAUCCAGAGAGGACAUAAGGAAAGGUGCGUGGCAGGAAGAAGGCUGGCACGAAGUGGUCUAUUAUACAGUUCCUCUCAUCCAGCAUAUGGAAUCCCGGAUUAUGAUCCCCACCAAAGCAUCACCGCUCAAGUGAAAAGACCGGAACCUCUUGCAGGCAUGAGCAUGGGGUGGUACCCUGACAAAUGAGUAGCCCAAGAGCAUCACUUUCGACGGUUUCAGUGCUGCACAACAACACGACCUUUCUCUUUCAUCAUUUUCGUUGUUUCAGAACUGUUCAACUCUGUGAAAUAUAUCGUAUGCGGACGGGUAAAGGAAGUUUUACAUAUUGCGUUGGCCGCUAGUGGCAUUGCAUGGGCUAAAUACUUAAAAACAAGAGUAAUUGUAGUGGUUACUUAAUUUUUUCCAGGUUGUAUUUCUGGCAAGAUGCGUGUUUUGGUUGUUACAGUUUACACUCAUGAUUAUUCAACCCCAAUUCUUAGUUACACCUACUAAAUGCACACAACCCUCAGCGGUUGGUUAAUUGAAAUAAAUGGUUCCGUUGCACUGUUUAAAUUUGUAUUUGGAAUCUUUGGCUCUUUGCAAAGCAACUAACAAUUCGGGGUUGUUGUUUUUGAGUGCAUGUGUGAUUGAGUCAAUAUUCACUAACCUGAUGGUGCAGCACAUCAAUCUACCGUACAUAAAAACAACUUGCAGUAAGGGAAGAGGUGAAUUGCUAAUUCAGAAAGACUUAUCUUCUCUGGUUCGUUGCAAUAUUUAUAUUGCCAGGCAUCAACAUAGACAAAAUGUACCUUACGAUAAUAUACAAAAGUGUCCUUUUCAAUAAUAGGAUUUUGGAAAGGGUCAGGAAUUGCUUUGACACAAGUCCUUGCAACUCCACUGCAUUAUGCCUCGAGCUGGUCAUUCAUUCCAACAUCUACUCUUGCCACAUGUAAAGUCAUUGAUGGACAAAUGAUCGUGACUUUUUUUUUUUUCAAACAAAGCAGCUGUAUGGUAUGUAAAUGUUGAUACCUGUUCAUAUAUCAACACGACAAGCUACUACUAACACGGGGGGCUUUAUUUAUUAGUGUUAACCUUUUCAAUGUUAGCUGGGAUAACAUCUGAUUUUGUGUUCCAAGUUUGACAGUAUGAACGUUUAUUACAUAUUCAUUUUCGGUUAAUAUUUUUGACUUGAAACAUGUCUUGUUUUACUGUUAUUUUUCCCUUGUUUCCCUGUGAGUUGUUUUUGUUUGUAAAUGUGACUAUCAAUUUGUGGCCGUGUGAACUGAGCAUGACAUAUAUGAGCAUAUAUAUCUAUCUAUAGGAGAUGUAAGGUAUUUUCAAGGGGAGUAAUGACAAAUUACGUGGGCAAGCACCCCACGACAUCUUUUCAGAUUUUAUCAGCAAAAAAUAAAUAAAA